AUGAAUUUGGGCAUCACUCAAAUAAAUUGUAUUAUUUUUUGUUUUUUUUUUGUCUCUCUUCUAUGCAGUUUAGGUGCAGAUAAAGCCCCAUGCAGGUGUCACAUUAAAACAGGAUUCUUUCUGCUACUUACAUUAGUGUUCUUAGUGACUGCCAUUACUUACGUCUCUGAAUUCUCUUUCAAUGCUGUGUUCCCUGACACCUUGUCUAAAAAAGUGCUGAAUCAGAUACGCUCCUACUAUGUGGCGACUGAAUACCUGUCUGCCAGAGAAAAUCAAACAACAUUUUUAACAAACAACAGUGUCCAACAGAGUCCUACACAAACCACAACCUUGUCUGUGAAUCAUCAUGUGGCUCAUCCAAGCAACUAUCAUUUCAUCCUAGAUGAACCUGAUAAAUGUAGUCAGUGGGAUCCGUUCUUGGUCUUGAUGGUCCCUGUGGCCCCCCAUCAGCUGGAGGCUCGUAACGCCAUCCGCAGCACAUGGGGGAAUGAGAGCUCAGUGCAGGGAAAAGCAGUGCUGACUCUGUUCUUGGUGGGUUUGACUGGAGGAGCUGAAGCUCAACAGAAGCUGGAGGAAGAGAGUCGACAACACAGAGAUUUAGUGCAGAGCAACUUUGUGGACUCCUACUUCAAUCUGACCAUAAAGACCAUGGUGAUCAUGGACUGGCUGGCCACUCGUUGUCCUCAAGCAGCGUAUGCUAUGAAGGUUGAUUCUGAUAUGUACAUAGGCCUGGAGAACCUGAUGAGCCUCUUAUUGUCACCCAACACACCCAGACAGAACUACAUCACAGGGUAUUUGAUGUGGGACCGGCCUGUCGUCAGAGACAAAAACUCUAAAUGGUACGUGGCAGAGGAAUUGUACCCUGAACAGAAAUACCCCACAUACCUGCAGGGAAUGGGAUAUGUUUUCUCCAAUGACUUGCCAGAAAAAUUAGUUGAGGCUUCCAAGGAAAUAAAGCCCUUUAACAUAGAAGAUGCAUAUGUGGGUGCUUGUCUGAAACAGUUGGGCAUUGUACCCUCAUCUCCCCCAGACCCUUCUCAAUUUAAAGCCUAUAUGUGGCAAUAUAAGCGAGAGGAUUUUCUCAGUGUUAUUACAACAAUCCUGAGUUCCCCACAGCAGCUAAAAGAUAUUUGGAAGGAUGUAAAGAGGCCCUCCAUAAAACAAAUCAGAAUGGAAUAAAUUAGUGGUAGACUGGGGAUGUGACCCUACUAUUAGUUCUUACAGCAGCGUUUGACACAAUUGACCAUGAUAUUUUAACUUCACGUUUAGAAAACUAUGUUGGUAUUUGAGGUAUUGUCUUAAAUUGGAUUAAGUCCUUCUUCCAAAAUAGAAGUUUUUCAGUGCAAAUGGUGGAAUGUACAUCGAGCUCAGCGACUUUAUCAUGCGGUAUUCCACAAGGAUCUAUUUUAGCACCAUUCUUUUUUUCUCUUUAUAUGCUUCCUGUAGGUCAGAUCAUGAGUAAAUAUGACGUCUCCUUUCACUGCUACGCAGAUAAUACUCAGUUGUAUCCACCCUUAAAACCAACUGUCCCUGCUGCUGUUGAAAGGCUGGCAGUGUCUUGGGGAGAUUAAAAGGUGGAUGUCUGCAAAUUUUUUGUGUCUAAAUGAAUCAAAAACUGAAAUUAUUUUAUUUGGUCCCUCAGAGUCCACUGAGAUAUCUAAAAUUAAUUUGGACACACUAUCCCCCUAUCUGAGGCUUCAAGUAAAAAACUUAGGCAUAAUCUGCGAUAGUGCACUGAAAUUUUAUAAACAGAUAAAUCAAGUAGUCAAAAUGAUUUUUUUCCAGUUAAGAUUAAUCUAAAAUUAAGCCCUUUGUAACACGGAAGGACUUGGAAAAGAUAGUUCAUGCAUUUAUUUUCUCAAGAUUGGACUAUGGUAAUGCAUUGUAUUAUGGUAUUCAACAAAAAAGGUUUAAACAGACUGCAACUAGUCCAAAAUGCGGCUGCAAGGUUAGCAUAUUACCCCUGUAUUAAGAGAACUACAUAGGUUGCCUGUUCUCUAUAGGAUUAAUUUUAAGAUACUUUUAUUUGUUUUUAAGGCCCUACAUGGUAAUGCUCUGAUAUAUAUAGCUGAUCUAAUCCAGGUGAAUAAACCAAAGAGAGCAUUACGCUCCGAGUCAUUAAACCUCUUGGUAGUCCCGUGACUAGAAAAAUGAGAGGAGAUCGCUCUUUUGCAGCCGCUGCUCCCAAGCUGUGGAACAGUUUACCUCCUUAUAUCAGAGAAUGCUCCUCUCUUAUAAGAGUUUAAACGACAACUGAAAGCUUACUUUUUCACUUUGGCAUUUGAUCAUUCAUGAGUGCUGUGCUAGUGGUGUAAUAGGAAAUUAUUAAUGCCGCUUGGAUUAUAAGGUUGUCUAUGGCAAUGAUUAGAAGUUGGAUGUGUUUUUAUGAGUGUUCGCUUAUUCUAUGUACAGCACUGUGGUCAACUUCUGUUGUAUUAUUGUGUGCUUUAUAAAUAAAUUGAACACUGAACAUUUAA